UGCGCGUAGAGGCGCAUGUACGUCCUCAACUACGUCCGCAAAAGAGAUUCAAAUAUCGGCGCGAGCUUCUCCUGCGAUAUCAGCUUUUCUGAUCCGAACAAAAUGAGUGGUCGCGGAAAAGGAGGUAAAGGACUCGGGAAAGGAGGCGCCAAGCGUCACCGUAAAGUUCUUCGUGAUAAUAUCCAGGGAAUCACCAAACCCGCCAUCCGCCGUCUGGCUCGUCGUGGUGGUGUCAAGCGUAUCUCUGGUCUUAUCUACGAGGAGACUCGCGGUGUGCUCAAGGUGUUCCUGGAGAACGUGAUCCGUGAUGCCGUCACCUACACCGAGCACGCUAAGAGGAAGACCGUGACCGCCAUGGAUGUAGUGUACGCUCUGAAGAGACAGGGCCGCACUCUGUACGGCUUCGGAGGUUAAACCUGUUAGUUCAUCUCACAACAACCCAAAGGCUCUUUUAAGAGCCACCCACAUCAUCUAGAGAGCAAUGUUUCAUUAUUCCUACUUUACACAUACAUACUUAUUAUACUUAUGCUCUUGCAUACCUUGUAUGUUUUUGUUGAAACUGCUAUACAGUUGACUGUACCUCAAAAACUGCAAAUAUAUAAGAUGUAUCUUGAUCACA